AUGGCGGAAGUUCUCGAGGUUGGGAAUUGUCUGCAGGUAGACACUCGAAUCACACGGCAAUUGUCUCCCGCAAAUGAAAAGACGCUGAGCUCGGACGGAACGAACGAAACGAGCAAUCAAGAUGAAGAUCUACCUCGGGUUGCAGACCAAAUUCCCGUUUCGGCAUGGCUUGUCAUACUGAUCAGUACACUCGAGCGCUUCGCCUUCUUUGGAAUUCGUGAACCAUUCCGUGAGUGUAGGUGGCAUAUGAUUUUCAUCUUCCCGUCCAUUGACCUCAGCGCAGAAAAUUAUCUUCAGAAUCAGCGACAUGAUCCUUUGCGACCCGGCGCACUCGGAUUGGGCCAGAGCAAGGCUAGUAAUCUAUCAUACAUGUUUUCGUUUCUGCUAUACACCAUGCCGCUAUUCGCUAGCGUUAUUAUUGAUUGCUUCCUCGGGCGCUAUCGAGGGAUCCUGUUUUUCUUAUGGGCAUAG